CCGUGUAUGACGGAGAAUGGGUUUCCAACAAGAAACAUGGCACGGGCCGAUUAACUUUCAAGAACGGGCGUGUGUAUGAAGGCACAUUCUCCAAUGACCACAUAGCUGGGUUUCCAGAUCUUGAAGUUGAAUUCAUCAGCUGCCUGGACCUGUCUUCAGGAGUUGCCCAAAGAUUGUCCAGGAGUGCCGGAAUUAAUGUUCAGUGUAACAGAUGCCUGAAGCUGCCCAGGCAGGGCUUCCUGUCUCCCUUGGGACCCCGAAUCCUGUUCUUCGCGUUCUCUGAGUGUCUCAUUGAAGAGGUUCAGGUAGAAUAUGCUGUGUUAAGAAAUAUUACAGAAUUAAGAAGAAUCUACAGCUUUUAUAGCAGCCUGGGAUGCGACCACUCUCUGGAUAAUACCUUUCUGAUGACAAAGCUUCACUUCUGGAGAUUUCUAAAAGAUUGCAAAUUUCAUCACCACAGACUAACUCUUGCUGAUAUGGACAGGAUAUUAAGUGCCAACAAGGACAUACCAGUUGAAGAAAUUCAUUCUCCAUUUACAACAAUACUUCUGAGAACAUUUUUGAAUCACCUCCUGCGUUUGGCGUACCACAUUUAUCACGAAGAAUUCCAAAAGAGAAGCCCAUCGCUUUUCUUGUGUUUUACAAAACUGAUGACUGAGAACAUUCAUCCAAAUGCCUGCCAGAUAAAAGGCAAUUUAUUCCGUGAGCAACAGCGGACGCUCUACUCUAUGAAUUACAUGAAUAAAUGCUGGGAGAUUUAUCUAGCUUACUGCAGACCCCACGCAGCACCUCCCCACGAGCCUACGAUGAAGAUGAGACACUUCCUCUGGAUGCUGAAAGACGCCCAGAGCAAGAGUCCCAGCGCGGUCCUGAGCCACGAAUUGGAUGCUGCUCACUCUGACAGUGCCAGGUCAUCUUCCAGCAAGUUAGAGCUCUGGCCUGAUGUUAACAAAAUAAGGAAAUCAGAGUCUGGUGUGCCAUUCACCAAGCCUGUGGCUCCUGCCCUUUCUCCUGUCGAGGACCCCCUUGACCCACGUGGCAUCUCUUCCAAGAAAUACGAGAGACCCAAGGAUGAUCAAAAGGAAGAGUUCAACACGUGGGUCAGUAAUAUGUACGUCUUCUUUGUGAACACGCUCUUUCACGCGUAUAAACGUGAAGAAGCUAUCAAGGAGAAAAUAAGGGAAGAGAGGUUACGCAGCACAGCACGGGCCCAGCAGCGGAAGAAGGAAGACGAUGAACUGGAAGCAAGGCUGAAUAUGUUUAUCUUGAGAGAGGAAGAAGCCAAGAGACAAGACGAUGAGGUGGACAUCAUGGUGAUCAAGGAGCCGGUGGACGUGUCAUCCUCUCACCUCACACUGGACCCUCCCAAGGAGGACGUGACUGUGUCCCCAUCCAGCAAGACCAUCACCAGCAAGAAGAAGAAGAAGUAGCGAGCCACGAGGACACACACAGAGGCUUAGGACGGCACGUGCUGUAAGAUUUCCUGAGCAUUACAGUUCUUAGCACUGUACUCGUUGCAGUGUUUUAAAAUACUGCCUGGCCCGCUGCAUCUCAGGUUUCCUACACGGCUGGAUUAUGGGAGUUUGAGACCAGCCUGGGCAACAUAGUGAGACCCCAUCUCUGCAACAUUAAAAAAUUAGCCG